GAAUCGCUACGCUACAUUUUAUCUCGCCUACUUUCCGGUCGCCUUGUGCAAUUGACACUGCUCAAGACUUGUCGUCCCUCACUUCCUUGUUCUUUUGGAUGACUUAUUCAGUUAACAGCAAAUAUCAAGCCAGACUUGUCAUCCCUCAUCUGUUCUGUUGGAUACUUAUUCAGUUAACGGCAAAUAUCAAGCCUUGAGAUCCCUCAGUCCCUUGUUCUGUAGGAAAAGGAAUUAUUCAGUUACCAGCAAUUAAUGCCCUUAAGGUCAACUUCCCAAUUCACAUUCUAUCUCUCUUAAUGAACUCUGCCUUUAUUUAGGUAGGCUUUGAAAAUCAGAGCUACACUCUUUUCAAUUCAUUCACCACUUGUGGGACACAAAAAGCCAGAAAAAAAGCAGAGCAAGAGCACCACUUGCUGGACACAAAAAGCCAGAAAAUGGAGAAAAGUCAGGAGCUGGCACUAUCCCAGAUGAGGAAAUCUGUUGAAAAGCUUGGUGGUUUUGCUGAGAAUUAUGGGGACCCCACACUGAUGAGGUUCUUGAUUGCAAGAUCAAUGGAUACAGAUAAAGCUGCAAAAAUGUUUGUGCAGUGGCAGAAAUGGAGGGAUGCACUGGUCCCGUCAGGAUUUAUACCUGAUUCUGAAAUUCAAGAUGAACUUGGAGCUAAGAAAAUUUACUUACAGGGCUUGUCUAAAAAGGGGUUCCCAAUUAUGGUUGUAAAAGGCAGCAAGCAUUUUCCAUCCAAGGAUCAGCCUCAAUUCAAGAAAUUCAUUGUUCAUAUACUUGACAAAACCAUUGCAAGUUCCUUCAAAGGAAGAGAGAUCGGUGAUGAAAAGCUAGUAGGUAUUCUUGACUUAAAGGAUAUCUCAUACAAGAAUGUAGAUGCUCGUGCUUUAAUCACUGGUUUCCAAUUCCUACAGGCUUACUACCCUGAGCGCUUAGCCAGAUGUUACAUUGUACAUAUGCCCCGGUUCUUCGUGAGUGUAUGGAAGAUGGUUUCAUACUUCCUUGAGAAAGCAACUCUUGAGAAGAUUAGGAUCGUGACUAACGAAGCGCAAAGGAGGGAGUUUAUCCAGGACAUAGGCGAAGAAACUUUGCCAGAAGUGUAUGGAGGGCGGGCAAAGCUUGUACCCAUCCAAGAUGUGGUGUUAGCUCCAUUGAACCAUUAGACCAAACAGUCUAGAUUUUGGUGUUACAUCAAAUUACUGCAACUGAUUCAUGGAUGAUACUUGAAGGAAAGAGAAAGGAAAAGGAAAGCAGUAGGAAAGGAAUAAAUUGUUUUCAAAGUGGAUGUAUUCUGACUGCUCCUGGACUUAAUUUGUAGUAUCUUUUAUUACGAAUAGUACUAAUCAUGAAACCACUCCUAUGGUCUUUUAUUGUGUUCCCAAAUUUGGUAACUUAAUUCGAGAUGCAACUAGAGAUUAAUUAAUGACUAAAUAAGUUAUUUAAAUCC